UAAACAAUUAGCCACAAUUUGGCUGUUUUUCGGUUGAAGGGGGUGUAACACAGAGUGGGGAGAAGAAAUGGCAUUCCUUUGCCCCGUGCGCAUGAGGCGCGACAAGAAGAAAGCUACAAAUGCCAGCAUAGAGAGGGACUUGCCAGCGGUGGGAGUAUUGGGCAUGGGUCGUAUAACUGGUUCCUCCAGCAUAGAAACACUUGUUAGAGUGGGCAUAGAAAAGGAACACGGGCUAAGUCCGGAUUCCAAGAUGGUUGUGCUACACGACUUUACUCCUUGCGUGGAUGAUGAGCUGGAAGUGAAGCGCGGACAGCUGGUUAAUAUAUUGUACAGAGAGAACGAUUGGGUUUACGUGAUUGGUCAGGACUCGCGGCAGGAGGGCUUCAUACCCUUCUCCUAUUGUGCUCCCUGCAACACGCAGCUGGCGGAUUUGGCUGUUAAGAAGAAACUGCCAAGAGAACAGUGUCCAGAGCAGCCGAUCGAAGAGAACAUACCCCUCCUGGGCACGGAUAACAAACUGGAUGUUCUUUGCGAUGAAGCCUUGAAUCCUGGGUCUGUCAACAGCAUUGAGAAAACCAUGCUAGUGGAGUCAGAGUGUACUUCUUUCGUGAAGGAACCGUCCGGGCGCUGCAUCGUUUUGUACACCUUCAUAGCCAGGGACGAAAACGAUUUGUCCGUGGAACGGGGAGAAUUUGUAACCGUGCUUAAUCGCGAGGAUCCAGAUUGGUUUUGGAUAAUGCGCAGCGAUGGCCAGGAAGGAUUUGUGCCAGCCAGCUUUAUUUAUCCUGCAGACAGUGUGCGAGUUUUGCAGCAGCAGAAAGCCACCUUAAAUGCCAUGGAGACCAUUUUGCAGCAAGGUCAACCGGGCCAGCAGACCCAGCAACAGCAGCAGCCACAGUUGGGUUUGGGAACAGAUGAUCUACGCUACCAUGGCACGGAGCUGGUGAUGCUGUAUGAUUACAAAGCGCAAGCUCCAGACGACCUGUACCUUUCUGUGCGGAGAGGAGAUUGGAUUUACGCAGACUUAACCAAUCAGACCGUCGAUGGUUGGCUUUGGGCUUAUGCUCCGAAAACCCGCAAAUAUGGUUUCAUUCCAAAAGCCUAUGCCCGACCACCUGCCAUGACCAGCCUUUGAGAAAUUCAUUAUUACUUUGAUUAGCACUAAAGCAUAAUAUUCGUAGGUCACCCAUAUCACGUCGGAUUCCAUUUAUUGUUCAACUCAUCAAUGCCAUUUUCAUUGAGUAAUAAAUUGUGCCUUAGAUUUA